AAGGAGGGAGUGGUAAACAGAGGAGGCCAGGAGAGAGAGAGAGACGUGAGCUCGUGUUUUCGCGAAUGAAGAUUAACUUUCAUUGUUUCUUUAGCUUUAUCUGCCGACAGAAACCCCGGCCAUAAGGGUCCAGGGACACUGCAUUUUCUUUCGGUUUCUUUUUCUUUUCCUCACUUUCUCUUGCUUUUUCUCCUAUUAUCUCCAUUACCGCGUUGUGUGUUUUCUUCACUUUCCUUCAGGCCAUGGAUUUUUACCAGAAUGUGACAGUUUCCGGUGAAUAUCACCAGCAGGAGCAACUCCUUCCAUCCCCUUCUCACUGCUCUAAGCUCGGCGCUGCUAUAACACUCACUAGCUCUCUUGAUGACCUUUUCUCUGCUCAGAACUCGGAAGAUGUUAGCUUAGAAUGGCUGUCAGUAUUUGUAGAGGACUGCCUAUCCAGCUCAGGAAAUUGUCUCCCAGCAGCGCCCACAGCUAGUGUUCAAAACAUAAACACAACACCAAACCUUUCAAAACCCUUGAAACAGAAGCCCCAGCAAAAUCCCCAAUCUUCCUUGGAGAGAUUUGUAAUCCCAGGCAAGGCAAGAAGCAAGAGAAAAAGAGUCACAAGUCUCAACACCAGAAACCCAUUAUCCAGCUGGUCCUAUGGCCACCAAAUCCUCCAUUUUCCCAGUUCAGACCCUCCUUUGCUCCAACAAGCAUAUUGGUUAGCUGACAGUGAACUCAUCAUGCCUAAAAAAGAAACCACCACCACCAACACCGCUACCACCACCACAUGCAAUAUCAAGAGAAGAGAUGAUGAAGUUCAAGAAGAAGAAACAAGAGAGGAGGAAGAGGAUAUUGAUGAGGAGCUAGAAGAGGUUGCUGUGAAUAAUAAUGGCAAGGGAAGUUUGGCCAUUUUGGAAAAUAACAGUGGGCAGCAGCCAAGGAGAUGCACCCAUUGCCUGGCUCAGAGGACCCCACAGUGGAGGGCUGGACCAUUGGGUCCAAAAACACUGUGCAAUGCAUGUGGAGUGAGGUACAAGUCAGGCAGAUUGUUGCCAGAGUACAGACCAGCCAAGAGUCCUACCUUUGUGAGCUACCUGCAUUCCAAUUCUCACAAGAAAGUUAUGGAAAUGAGAAUGGCUGGCUCUGCUCACUUCAAUUCUUAGUGAGCUGUGAAAUUUUCACUCUCUAGUGUAUAUCAAGAAAAAAAAAAUUCUAAUUCAGUUUUCCAAUAGAAAUUAAAAUAUGGGAGAAAUUCGGAUCCUUCUUUCUUAAGACUGAACUAAUUAGCUUAUGAAUAAUCUUUUUUUUCCUUCUUCUAUCAAACUACCAUUUGCAAAAUAGUUUUAUUUUAUGAA